AUGCGUCCCGCAACCUCCGAUUCGGUGCGAGAACGCCCCCGCAAAAGCACGACUCCAAACAUAACCAACGCAACGCCCCCCAACGAAGCCCGGAACGUCUCUCCCGCAACAUUCUUCCUAUCUCGAGGUGAUGAGAUGGAUGGAUCUGACUUCAGUGCUCCAGGAACCCCAAACGAAAACACUUAUGGAGUACAGAGCUUAGCAGAUACAAUUGGUGAUGGGAUCAGCGGGACAUUGCCUCCGAUACACAACGAUGUACACGCGACCGCCGAGGGUGAUAUUUGCAGUCCACUGCUAUCACCCACAGCCAGAGUGGCCGCACCUCAUACACAAGAACAGAAGGUUGAAGACUCGUUAAAGCCUCCUCACUACCCAUUGUCUGAUAGCGGAAUGCCGCUAUCAGGAACUCCUUCGUUUAUCGGCUCUCCAGGCGAACCAAUUUCCCUGCCAGGUAGCCCAAAAUCUUCCUCAACUCCGUCACUUAGGAAUAUUGAUGAUAUGUCUGUUGUAGGGGGAAGCAUCUAUCAGUAUGGCGGGCCUGAUAUGGACGAGAGUCAAGUUGAGUCGACGGAGCUACCGGACAGCACUUCCCAGUUGGUGAUGCCUAGCAUCAAAAUCCCAUCUCGACGCCCCUUUACAGAGAGAGGUAAAGCUAUGGGACGGCUCAAGGUUCUCCUUGCCGGAGCACCAGGUUGCGGAAAGACUUCGUUACUGAAAUCUUUUAUACAAGUUUCCGAAGAUAUAGUACAUAUGGAUCCAUUACAAGAUUCAUCUUUUAUUGCACAUGCAAGUGUGAUAAAGUCUCGUCGGAAGGGAUCUACGAAACCUAGGCGUACCAGAGAAUGCGAGCCAAUAUCUGAGAUAUAUGCUAGUACAAAGCCGUACCCAUCUUGGUGGUCGGACAUGGAUGAUUCUCGCGUACUCCGGCGAAGGAGGAGUUUGGGAGAUGUUAUACUGGAGCGGAAUCUGUGCUUCGUCGACACAUUUGCGGGUUCAAAGAGUGCCGACCAACAGACGGAAGUGAUUGUUCAAUAUAUGAACAAGCAAUUCACACGAGCCGUGUCUGCUGUGCGGUCAGUAACUACAGAUUUCCAAGGAUUGCUUUGCGGAAAUGGUGGUCCACAGGUAGACGUGAUCCUUUAUCUGAUAUCGGAGAAAACCAUGACUGCUGAUAUUCGUAGUAUUCAAAAGUUAUCCAAUUAUACGACAGUUGUUCCAUUAAUUGCCAAGUGCGACAAUCUUACGCCUGAGGAAGUUCAGGAAAUAAAGAAAUCCUUUGCCGAACGGGUGCAGGAUGCAGAGAUGAAACUAUCUUGCUUUGGUCCAUUUGGGGAAUCUUUGACAAAUGACGAUGCGUCGGGCCCGAGCAUUCCCUUUGUGGCCUCCUCUGCAACCGCUAAUGACGAUGAAACGAUGGAUGCGAGCGUCCUUAUGAGCCCCGAAUACGUACAGCCGCUGGUCCCUUCUGACUUGGAAUUUGUACUGGAAAAGCUCUUUGAUCGAGACAACGCGGCAUGGUUCCGGCACUCUGCCGCUAAGAAGCUCAUAGAAGCCCAGCAGCAACCACGCUCCCGUGCACCAUCAAACGUCCUUCCACGGAUGUCUAGCAACUACGGUGUCUCGCCCCUCCCUGACUCACAUCUCACCCCUUCUCUACCUUCCACGCCAGCCUCAGCUUCGCAUGUGCUUGUCCCACGAGGCGAGAGGCUGGGGCUGUCUGAACAUACGCUUGCGCGGAUGACAGAACACACUCGGCGGGAGGAACAGUAUGCUCAAGCGAGGCUGGCAAGAAACCGUUACGAGCAGCUUGGUCGCGGUGAAAGAGCUGUAUGGCUGACUGAAAAGCUGGGUGAAUGCGUGGCCGACGGAACCCUGGUGCCUCUCUCCCAGACACCAGGCUUCCCCGGUGUCGGGAAUACAUUGGACAAAGCAAGUGAGAAAGGGAACCUUUGCGUGCGGACGCAGGACGGCCGCCGGUUUGAAUAUCGAGUUGCCGCGGACAACAUGAACGCGGCGGACCCCCUGGGUCUGCUGAAGCUUGGAGACGACAUCUCACGGCGGGGAUGGGUGUUGGUUCAGGUGCUGGGUGGUGUUGGCAUUGUGGGCGGACUGGCGUUAUGGAUGGCACAGACCUGGGGUCUAUCUGGCGUAAACGGCUCCUCGGUGCAUCGCUAG